UUGAUAGAGGUUCUCUAUGGUCUGGAGUAUUCAACACUGCUUGACAUUCGAAAUCCAAAAUGUGAACAUAACCUUAAUUUUCAAUUAUUCAUAACAUUCAAAAUAAUCAAUUAUAAACCCACAGAAAUUGAAACCAAUUAUGGAACAUUCUACAAAAAUGAUGCCCAGCAUUUUUAGUCAAUGUUAUCCUAUAACCAACAUUACAGAGUUGCAAGAAGUUAUUCAAGACGCUCCUUUGUGGAUUUCUAGGGUUUUACCAAUAGUACCUAGAUCGAGAACUGUUGUUAAAAAUUUCUCAGAUGACUGUCACUCAGAUUUGCAUAAUUUUUCUUUGAAAACUAGAAUAGACAAUAGAUUUGUACCAAAGACACUACUUUGUCAUGAUUAUAAAGGUGGAUACCAAGCAGAUAGGUAUAUACAUAAUUCUGAUGAAGAAAUUGUGGGCAAUGGCUAUACAUUUUAUAACUGGUCACAAAUAGAUAUAUUUGUAUAUUUCAGUCACCAUUUUAUAACCAUACCUCCACUGUGUUGGAUUAAUGCAGGCCAUAAAAAUGGAGUCAAAGUAUUGGGUACACUAAUUACUGAAUUUGAAUCUGGGAAAGAUAUCUGCGACAAUCAAAUUUUUGUGGAUUUGGAGACUAUGAAAGCUUUUGCUCAGUCUUUGGCUCUUUUAACAAAAACUUUUGGUUUUGAUGGCUGGUUGUUAAACAUUGAAAAUAAAGUGGACAAUAUGCAAACUUUAAAAGAAUUUGUACCUUAUUUUACAAAUUUAAUUCAUACAGAUAAUCCUUCAAAUUUAGUUAUAUGGUAUGAUAGUGUAACUUUAGCUGGGGAGUUAUCAUGGCAAAAUGAGCUAAAUAAAAAUAACAAAUAUUUCUUUGAUUCUUGCGAUGGAAUAUUUUUGAAUUAUACUUGGAAUGAGAAAACAUUAGCUAAUACCAGAAAAAUUGCAGAACAUCGUAACUUUGAUGUAUUUGUAGGAGUUGAUAUUUUUGGAAGACAUAUGUAUGGUGGAGGAAAGUUCAAUACUUGUAAGGCAGUUGAAGUAGCUUUUCGGCACAACUUGUCUUUGGCACUAUUUGCACCAGGAUGGACUCAUGAGACCAUCGACAAAAGCGACUCGUUUUUCGAAACAUUUUUCAAUAGAGAUAUGGCGUUUUGGAGAACUUUAUACUGUUAUAUGUAUACCCAUCCUAUCAAUACUUAUUUUACAACGAAUUUUUAUGUUGGAUUAGAUACAGAAUGCUACAAUAUGUUUAGUCAAGAAACGCAACUCACAAGAUGUUUAUAUCCUUCAAACUUAUCUUUAAUACCCGAAUUUGGUACAAUAAAUAUACCUAGUAAGUGUCGGUGUAUACAAGGAACUUUAGAAUCAACGAAAAACACCUGCUUAUUGACCACAUCAAAUCUACAAGAGGAGCAUAUAUACAUUCAUAAUUUGUUCGUAACUGAUAUAGAAAUAAAUAACAACACUGUUGUGUUUUUCCUUUCGAAAAGUAUCGACGAAGCUCGCGUUUCGAGUAUCGUGGAUGUACGGCUUAUGGUUAGCGGUUUUAAUAACACUUUAAAGAAAGUUAUCUUAUUGGGAGAGAAAAAAGAAUAUCCAGAAGUAAAUUCAACAAUUAUAGAAGUUAACGGAUUAGAUACAGGAGAUGUUUAUAGGAGAAUUAGAGACAGGUAUUAUAGAAAAAUCGUCGAAGAUCAUUGGCAUUUAAGCAUCUUCGUUAUCAAUACAACACCUAGUAAAAUAUUAGAAGUGGGAAUGACGAUGAAGUCUGGCAAUUCCAUUCUUUUAGGAGCUUUCGGGAUUGAAGACGCAGAUGGUGGCUAUUUAAAAAACUCAUGAAGAAAAAAACCUAAUUAUUCUACAAAUAUAAUUAAAAUAACUAUUUUUCAGUGUAUAUUAUUCUUUAUUUUUUUAACAGAGUUUAAUAUUAAAUUAAAAUUUGUUGCUUUUA